AUUGAAGCUGAUCAUUUACAGUGGUCUAAAUCGAUACCGAAUAAAUUUUAUCGAAAUCUUACCGAUAACAAUUGGUUCAAUUCUGCUAAAACAGCUAUUGUUUCCUAUUUCGUUGGCUAAAUAACCCGGUUCAAUUUUCUGUUUUAUUCAUUUUCAAAAUCUAGAUACAAUGGAUUCUGGUUGUUUGAAUGGAUGCGAUUCUUUAAAAGGUUCCUGUAGUAGUCAUUCGUCCCUGUUAUCAUCUUGGCUCUAUCCCAGUAGUACUGUAUCACUCGUCAGUCAACCGUUUGCAAUAUUCCAUAAAUUUAAAAACUUUUUAAGCAUCAACACUUCUGAUAUCAAUACCGAGAUGGAAAAUAUUGAACUUAAAUGUUCCACCUCUUGUCCUGCUGAUAUUUCUAAAUCUUCACAAUUGUCAUUUUUCUGUUACAUUAAUCAUCAAGAAAAUUUUCAAGAACCCGUUCAAAGUUUCACCCAGUUCCAAAAUAUCAAAACUUCUCAUAACAGUCGAUUUCACCCCUCGUUUCUAAUGAAAAAUUAUAACAAUAUCAAUCCGAUCGGACUUAAUUUGUAUGAAACACCUUCAUUAGCAGAAAGAAUGGAUAAGAUUUCGAUGGAUCUAACUGAAAAUUAUUUUCAACUAUUCUCAUUUGUAAAUGAAAAAACUGGAAAGAUUAAGUAUCAUAGAAAAAAAUCGACUUUCAAAGCGCUUGAAAUGGAUCAAUUCGAAACAGUGUUUCCCUCAUUGAACAACUCAUCAUUCCUAGUUAGAAAUAUGAAACGAAGUCUUAGUUCAUCAUCAUUGGAUGAUAUCAAGCACUUACCAUAUGAUUUUUGUGAAAAAGUCAAGAAUAUAAUUCUCGACGACUUCAUUAAUGAAGAAGAAGACACAAAGCCCUUAGAGAUUUCAACAACAAAAAUAAAUGGUUUUGGUGAUAAUUCAUUCACAACUAAGAAAAUGGAUCCAGUUCAAUCGGCCAAUGACAUCAGUUGUAAGAAGGCAAAAAAACGUAGAAAAAACCAAAAACGCCGAAAUCGCAAAAAGAAGAAUCGUGAUAAAUGUAAAUUGCCUUUAAACAUUGAGGAAAAAUUGGCUGAUAAUCAUAUGAAUAAUGAACCAAAAGAUAAAGCUGUAAGCGUGCAAAACGAUGAAAAAUCAGCAACAUCAACAAAUUCUAAAAGCUCGAAAGAAACAAAGAAAACAGACGAUCCCGAAAAUAAUUGUUUUAUAAGUAAAUUUUUUUCUUGCCCAUCUGAUGAUGAAUCCAACAAUGAAGUUUUUGAACCUCAAUCCAUCAAUUGGGAUGAUGAAGACGACGAUGAUGAAGAUGCUCCCAUAAACGGUAGUUUAGAGAAAGAAUUUACUGCAACUGGUCUUUUCUUCUCAAACUUAGUUUCUAAAGAACCACGAAAGAUUCACUGUGAGAUAAAAUUUUCCACCAAAGAUUUUCUAUUAGAUUCACCCUCUAAUAAUGAUUUUGACGACGAAGACAUUUGGAUUGAAACGCCAGAAGAACGAGAACUUCGUGAAAAGAUGCAGGCUAUGGUCGCGAAAGCAAAUGAAGAUUGGAAUGCUAUCUCUUUGCCGCCUGAAUGUAAUGAUAAUGAUGUAGGUAUAUUUCCAAUGGAAAUCCAAGGCACCCGUUCCACACGUCAUGUUCAGUUUGUCGAAGAGCCUAUCAUCUGGUUUAUUCCUGAUUUGGAAGAAUAAUUUUGUUUUUCUCUGAUUUGUAUUUAAAUUUUAUCAAUGUAAUUUAAUAUUUAUACAACAAUAAACACACUGUUAUUCAAA